AAUUGAACAAUCAAGACGUCUAAAGUUUUUAUACGCAACAGUAGUAAAUUAACGUGCGUCGCUCACAUUAGUCGGUCGGUGGUUAGAAAGAACGGUAAAAUUUCAAAUAAAUUUAGAAAUAUUUUUUUGUUUUAAAUAAUUUCAUAUAUAAAAGUAUAAAUACGUAAAUUUGUUUUUCUUUUUUUUUAAUUAGCGGUAUAUAAAAGUUAAAUAUUUUUAUUUAUAUUUACGUACACACAAAGAAAUAUAGAUAAAAACAAAUAAAAUUGUAUCUAAUUAAAAUAAAUAAACAGAAGCAAUAAUAAUUAUUUAAAACAAAAUGGUGGAAACUGUAGUAACCGUUGAACGCACCACAACCACACAAACCGCGACACCUACAACAGGUGGUGGUUUAAGUGCACUGAGGAUUAAUAUUGGAUAUUUCCAAACUGUUCCUGGUAUUAUUAAACUUGUGCAAUUUAUCUUGGGUAUAAUUUGUAUGGCUUGCGCUUCACCUGCCCUCAUCUCAGCCACAUCUUUCUUCCUGUUUGUUGUGGUAGUUUCAUUUAUAGCAACACUAUUAUGGAUAUUCGCUUACCUUUUGGGUAUUCGAGAAGCUCUUAAUGUUGCCAUCAAUUGGAUAUUCACAGAACUUCUUAAUACUGGUAUUGCAGCCCUUCUAUAUUUCAUUGCCUUUGUAGUGCAAUUGGCCAAGUGGUCACCAGCGUAUGGGCACAAUUAUUAUGGAUCGAAUAUUGCUGCUGGUGUAUUUGGCUUGUUCAACUUUUUGGCCUAUGCUGCUGGUACAUAUUUCCUGUAUUUAGAGCACAAAAGUGGUGCCACAAUCUAAGCGAAUAUUUCAAAAAAAUUUAGCAACUUUGCUAAACAAAAAACAGCAAGAAGUUCAAAUAACAAACAUACCAAUCAAUAUUUAAUAAAAAGUGUUCGAAGAAAGGCAUUUUAUUUAAAACGCCCACGCAUUCAAUUGCAUAAAAAUAUCUGUACACCGAAAUAAUAAUAUCAAUAUACCAAUAAGAACAAAAUACUAGCAAUUUAUUAUUUAAUUAAAAAAAAAUUAACUAAAUAUUAUCCUCUUUGUACUUGAACACCAUAACAUAAAUUAUAAAUCAACUCCAUUUAAUCCCAAUGGAAUGUAAUACAUAAUUGAACAAUAUUGUUGAAUUAUCUCUAACAUAAUAAAAUUAAAAUAGUAAAGGAAAUAACGAAAAUAGUCAUCGAUGCAAUUAAUUAAGCCAAAACAAUUUAAAU